AUAACUGUUAAUGAUUUUAAUUCAUUCAAUAGAGAUCAUAACUACACAACUGAAAGUGAAGUGAAGUGAACAGACCUGCAGAACGACAUGAAUACGUCACAGACCUACCAGACAGAUCUGGAAGUCAUUUUGGAGUUCCUUGAAGAACACUGCAGACAAGAGACUAGGGGCCAGUGGGCAAACGCUGAUUUCCAUAUGAACCAGCAACGUACUGGCGAUGACUAUGGUGUUUUGUCACACCACAUGGAUUCUUUACAGGUGCUUUCCUCAACAAAGGCUCAGCAAGCAACAGGACCACAGCUAAAGGAAAUUGGAUUUGAUUCAGCUGGAAUAAGGGGAUCAGUAAUCCAGGGCAUGACCAUGGAGGAAGCUUUAAACGCUCCUGCUGGUGAAGAAAGCCCUUUAAGUCAACAUGUACGCCCUGAGGAAAGAGCCGAAUCGUCAGCCAGGUCUACACCUGCAGGCAGAGGGAAAAAGCUGCGUCUCUUCCACUUUUUGUUCGAGAUGCUGGAAGACCCUGGAAUGGCGCAUUGCUUAUCCUGGGUUCCUGCGUCGGUGGGGGUUUUCCGCUUCUCCUCCACAUAUAAAGAACACGUGGCUGCACUCUGGGGCCAGCGCAAGGGCAACAGAAGGCCCAUGACCUACCAGAAGAUGUCUCGCGCCCUGAGAAACUAUACCCGCUCAGGUGAAAUCAUCAAAGUGAGAAAAAAAUUGACCUACCAGUUCAGCGGAGCCACCCUGACUACACUGAGGAGCCAGCAGACAAUGAAGAAUGCCUAACGCUAACAGGGUGAUUCUUUUUAUUAUUAUUAUUAUUAUUUCUUUUAUGAUUCUCUGUCCCUCUCUGAUUUCAUCUGAAGCAGCUAUUCUGUCCAGUGUAACUUAUGCCACCUGGAGGUAUUUCAUAAGUCAUGACACUAAAUGCAAAAAUAAAACAUAAUUAAACAAAAAAAAAGAGUAAACUUGUACCAUGCUGAAAAAAUAAAAAUCCCCAAGUCAUCCUAGUUUUUGACUCAAAGCUUCAACACCUAGCACCACAUA